UCAUGAUGACCACCACGCCGUCGCGUUCUGGAGGAAGGCCGGCUGCCCCCCUCCAUUCUGCGUGUCCUCAGCGUCGAACCACAGCUGGUGCUCCACUGCCUCGAGCGAGCAGAACCGAAGCCGACCCACAAAAGCGAUGAAGGAAUUCGAUAGAGCAGCCAGGCCGUGGUCGAUCGCCUCGCCAUUGUGGGCCUCUGGCGGUUGGGUUCCAGCUGUGGGUGAGGGGGAGGUGCCAUACAU